AACCGCCAUAAGUUGUUCUGAAUAUCUAUUUAUUGUGUUCCUCUUUCAAUGUGGUUUUUCAAGUAAAAACUCCGUAAAAUGAAUAGUCUAAUGAUUAACGUUGAAAUUGCGUGCUCUAAAGGUUUCAACCAGAAGUCUUCCAACUCGGAUCUGUUGAAUGCGAUUCACCUGUACCUGAGAGAAAAUGUCACCCUGCCGAGGGAUCACGUCUUUCGGGUGGACUACGCCAACGUAGAAAGCAUCAUGGUGUGUAAUGAGAUCUUAGAACAAACCCCACGCACGGAUCUGCAGCUACACAUCUAUCUGCUGAAUGAAGAAGCCUGCGAAGGGGAAACUAUCCAGCAGGAUGGCGACGAAGUUCAGAUUGCCAACCAUUGGUUACUUCCGGCGAGGGAUUUCCACGGCCAGUGGGAAAGUUUGAUCUACGACGAUCAUCUGAAGUACGACCUGUUAAGUUACAUGCAAACGACGAUGCUCUUUGCCAGGAAGAAUGUUAACGUUAAUCUGAUUUCCUGUAAUAGAUUAAUCUUGCUGCACGGCCCUCCAGGAACGGGAAAGACUAGCCUAUGCAAAGCUCUGGCACAGAAACUGGCCAUUCGGAUGAGAGAGCACUACACCCACGCACAUCUGGUCGAAAUCAACAGCCACAGCCUGUUCUCGAAGUGGUUCUCGGAGAGCGGAAAGCUGGUGCAAAAAGUGUUCGAUCAGAUUCACGAACUGUGCCAGGAUAAGUCGUCGCUGGUGUGCGUCCUAGUGGAUGAAGUAGAAUCGAUUGCAUUCGCGCGGGAUUCGAUCUCCAACAACGAACCGAGUGAUAGUAUUCGGGUGGUUAACGCCGUCCUUACGCAGCUGGAUCGAAUCCGCAAGUACUCGAAUGUGUUUGUUCUGGCCACUUCGAACCUAACCGCGAGCAUUGACAUGGCAUUCCUGGAUCGGGCGGAUAUCGUGCAGUACAUUGGGAAUCCGAACCAGCAGGCCAUCUACGAGAUUUACCGAACGGCACUGGAACAUUUGCAACACGUUGGCAUCGUAACCGAUGUGGACGACAUUCCUACGCUGGCCGAAGCUGACGACAAGGUGGUGGGUAACAAUUUGAAGAUGCUAGCGAAUCUGAGCGUCGGGAUGAGCGGCAGAAGUCUGCGGAAGGUGCCCUUCUUGGCUCACGGCUUGUUUGUGAAGGAGGACCAGACGACGUUGCUCAAGUUCCUGGGUGCCAUGCGGAGUACGGUUCGAAAGAUGAAAAGCGAUAAGAUUAGGCUUGAGAGGAAGGCCGCGGUCUGCGAUGGUGGGGUGUGUUCAGAAGACUCCGGUAACUUCGGGGGAAGUGAGGUUAACGGAGGAUCGAUCGAGGAUCAGGGAGUGUCGUUGUGAGGUGUGAGUAUGAUCGGGAUUUCGUAAAAUUUUAAAACCUUUGUUCGCUUGUCUAGCAAAUAAUUACGUAUGUUUGCCUCGUUUAUUUAAGGAAGAUCUCUCAUUAGACUGUAACACUACAUAUUUAUCUAGGUCAACAAAAUGAGCACUAUAUCUGUGAAUAACAUUGGAACAUUUGUUUAGAAAUCUUCA